AUGGGUCGUCUUUCUUUUAUGAUAAAAUGGUUCCGCCUGCACAAGCCGUUGAAGCAGUUAAUUUUCCUUUGGGUGUUGUUUUCGGUUCAACAGCACUCGGUUUGGGGUUCCGAUGCGGAUAAAUCUGCUCUGCUGGAAUUCAAGGGUUCAAUUUCAGACCCUUCUGGAGUGCUGGUCAGCUGGAAUUUAAACAGCCAAAAUCACUGUUCCUGGUUAGGGGUUUCUUGCGAUUCGGGUUCUCGGGUCGUGGCGUUGAAUAUUACUGGUGGAGGUAAUUCUUUGUCUUGUGCUAGAAUUUCUCAAUUUCCACUUUAUGGGUUCGGAAUUAGACGGCCUUGUUUUGGUAGCGAUAGUAAAGUUGAAAUCUUGGGUAUAUUAUCCCCUUCAAUUGCGAAACUUACUGAACUUAAGAUUUUGUCGCUGCCUUUCAAUGAAUUGAGCGGUGAGAUUCCUGUUGAAAUUUGGGGUAUGGAAAAGCUUGAGGUUCUUGAUCUGGAAGGGAAUUUGAUUUCUGGGUCACUGCCUGUGCAAUUUAAGGGGUUGAAAAAUUUGAAAGUUCUUAACCUGGGAUUCAAUAAGAUUUCUGGGGAGAUGCCGAGUUCAUUGUCAAGUUGUAAGGGUCUUCAAGUCAUGAAUUUAGCUGGGAAUCGAGUGAAUGGAACGAUUCCAAAGUUUAUCGGUGGGUUUAGAGAUUUGAGGGGGCUCUACCUGUCCUUUAAUCUGCUUGGUGGGCCGAUUCCAAGUGAGAUUGGGGACAAUUGUGGUAAGCUUGAGCGUUUGGAGCUGGCUGGGAAUAUCUUGGUUGAAGGGAUCCCAAAAAGUCUUGGGAAAUGCAGAGGGUUGAAGACGCUUCUACUGUACUCAAAUAUGUUAGAGGAGGUUAUUCCUAGUGAACUCGGUCAGCUGAGUCAGCUUGAAGUAUUGGAUAUAUCAAGGAAUAAUCUUGGCGGUUCUAUACCGUCUGAUCUUGGGAAUUGUUCCAAGCUAUCCGUCCUUGUGCUGUCAAACUUGUGGGAUCCACUUCUUAAUGUCUCUAGUUCCAGAGAUAGUUUCUCGACGAGAAAGUUUGCAUUCACAGUCGAUGAGUAUAAUUUAUACGAAGGCACGAUUCCAGCAGAAAUUACCAUGCUCCCUCGCUUGAGGAUGGUGUGGGCUCCCAGAGCAACUCUUGAAGGACCGUUGCCGGGUAGUUGGGGUUCUUGCAACAACUUAGAGAUGCUGAAUUUGGCUCAGAACUAUUAUUCUGGAAAAAUCUCCAAGGAAUUUAGCAACUGCAAGAAGCUGCAUUUCCUUAAUUUGAGCUCAAACAAACUCACAGGGGAGAUCUUUGACAAAAUUCCUGUUCCUUGUAUGACUCUGUUCGAUAUCAGUGGGAAUUAUCUGUCAGGCUCGAUUCCCAAAUUUAAUAACGAAGCUUGUGCUCCAAUCCAAUCUUUAAGUGGAGAUCCCUCAAAAUUCAAUGAUUCAACUUCUGCUUACAUAUCGUAUUUCACAUAUAGAACUAGGAUCGAAACCCCUCUGCCAUUAUUUGGUGAUGAUGCUAGUUUUACGGUGUUCCAUAAUUUUGGUUCUAACAACCUUACAGGCACUGUGCAGUCAAUGACCAUUGCAUCUGAACGAUUAGGGAAGCAGACUGUGUAUGCAUUUUUUGCUGGUCGAAACAAGCUCAGUGGACCAUUUCCUGGAAGUUUAUUUGAGAAAUGUGAUCAAGUGAGUGGUAUGAUGGUUAAUGUCAGCAAUAACGGGUUCUCUGGUGCGUUUCCACCAGAUUCUAGCACAAUGUGCAAGUCUCUGAUACUCUUAGAUGCCUCCCGUAAUCAAAUUGUUGGGACUCUUCCUCCUAGCAUCAAUGAUUUGGCUUCACUUUGGGCUCUUGAUUUGAGUUGGAAUCCACUGGGUGGGACAAUUCCUAUCAGUCUUGGCCAGAUAAAGAAUCUUGAACGUCUUUCUUUGGCUGGAAACAACCUGAGUGGUCCCAUCCCUGCAAGCUUAGGACAACUGUUCUCUUUAGAAGUGCUUGACCUGUCUUCAAACUCUCUAUCGGGUGAGAUUCCGAAUGAUCUUACCAAUUUGAGGAACUUGACUGUGCUCCUCCUCAACAACAAUAACCUAUCCGGGCAAAUCCCCCUGAACUUGGCCAAUGUGACCAUGCUCUCAUCAUUUAAUGUCUCCUUCAACAAUUUGUCUGGGCCCCUUCCUCAGAACGAUAAUUUGAUGAAAUGCAAUAGUGUCCUUGGAAAUCCAUUUCUGAACCACUGCCGUAUGCUUGAUUCAUCAUCCUCUGCCGAUCAACAGGGAAGGAUAGGGGACUCGCCAAAAGAUCCGGGCCCUCCAUCAAGAACACCAAGCCAAGAGAGCAGGAGUGGUGGUAUUAACUCAAUUGAGAUUGCAUCCAUAACAUCUGCAGCAGCUAUUCUGUCGGUUCUUCUUGCUCUUAUCGUCCUCUUCUUUUAUACUAGAAAAAGGAAACCGAGGUCCAGAGUUAGUGGAACUGCUAGGAAGGAAGUUAUUGUCUUUACUGACAUUGGGGUUCCACUGACAUUUGAGAAUGUGGUGUGUGCCACCGGAAGUUUCAAUGCAAGCAACUGCAUUGGUAAUGGGGGGUUUGGAGCAACAUACAAAGCUGAGGUUGCUCCAGGAGUGCUAGUUGCGAUAAAACGGCUUGCACUCGGACGUUUUCAAGGUGUUCAACAGUUUGACGCAGAAAUCAGAACCCUGGGAAGGCUCCACCAUCCGAAUCUUGUGACCUUGAUAGGAUAUCAUGCUAGUGAGACAGAGAUGUUUCUUAUUUACAAUUAUUUGCCUGGUGGCAAUUUAGAGAAGUUUAUCCAGGAAAGGUCGACGAGGGCUGUAGACUGGAGGGUACUUCACAAGAUUGCUUUGGACAUAGCACGUGCACUUGCCUACCUACAUGAUCAGUGUGUGCCAAGGGUUCUUCAUCGCGACGUGAAGCCUAGCAAUAUCUUAUUGGAUGAGGACUACAACGCUUAUUUGUCUGAUUUUGGACUGGCUAGGCUACUUGGAACUUCUGAAACUCAUGCCACCACUGGUGUGGCUGGAACUUUUGGAUAUGUUGCCCCAGAGUAUGCAAUGACUUGCCGGGUUUCUGACAAGGCAGAUGUCUAUAGUUAUGGUGUUGUAUUGCUUGAAUUGAUGUCAGACAAGAAAGCAUUAGAUCCUUCAUUCUCUUCCUAUGGAAACGGAUUUAACAUAGUCACUUGGGCAUGCAUGCUCUUGCGCCAAGGCCGUGCCAAGGAGUUCUUUACUGCAGGGUUGUGGGAUGGAGGCCCACAUGAUGAUUUGGUAGAAAUCUUGCACUUGGCAGUUGUAUGUACAGUUGAUACUCUUUCUACCCGGCCCACAAUGAAGCAAGUCGUAAGACGACUAAAACAACUGCAUCCCCCAUCCUUUUAG